CUAGCCAAUCAGACCGCUCUCGUAUUCAGCUAGCGCGAGGCUGUGUAGUGUUAAAGCGAACAGCGAGGUUCAGCGUUUCCACUCAAGCUAACAAUACAGGUAAAUCUGUCAAAAUGGCUAAAGGAGACCCUAAGAAGCCCAAGGGCAAAAUGUCUGCAUAUGCAUAUUUUGUUCAAACCUGUCGUGAGGAGCACAAAAAGAAAAACCCUGAUGUUCCAGUAAACUUUGCUGAAUUCUCAAAGAAGUGUUCAGUCAGGUGGAAGACAAUGUCUGGUAAGGAGAAGUCUAAGUUUGACGAUUUGGCUAAGCAAGACAAAGCUAGAUAUGACAAUGAGAUGAAGGAUUACCAGCCCGCAAAGGGCAAAAAGAAGAAAGAUCCCAAUGCACCUAAAAGACCACCGUCUGGAUUCUUCAUUUUCUGCUCUGAGCAGCGUCCUAAAAUCAAAAGUGCAAACCCCAGUCUCUCCAUUGGUGAUGUAGCAAAAAAACUUGGCGAGAUGUGGAACAACCUUAACGAUGCAGCAAAGCAACCUUAUGUGAACAAGGCAGCUAAGCUAAAGGAGAAAUAUGAAAAGGAUGUAGCUGAAUACAAAUCUAAAGGAAAGGUAGAUGGUGGGAAGGGGGCUGCAAAGGCAGCACCUAAAAAGAAACCAGAGGAAGAUGAUGAUGAUGAGGACGAAGAUGAUGACCAGGAUGAGGAAGAGGAGGACGAAGAUGAGGAUGAAGAGGAAGAUAUUGAAGAUUAAAGUGGCAUGAUUGCUGUAGAGUAGGGGAAACAUGGGUGAUUUAUCAAGUCCAUUUUGUCUGUGGACAGUGCUGUCUAGAUAAAGCUAAAACUGUUGCAUCACUUGCAGUUUUGUAACUAAUGCAGCAGCGACAUGAAGCAAGUUAGUAAUUCUGAUGUAUAUCAAGUGCCCCUGAGAGCAGUCAUAUGUAUAUAUAUAUAUGUCUUAAGACUAAAAUUUCCAAGUGUUCUCCUCACUAUGUAUUUUGCUGGUUGUAACAGAAAGCAUUUAAAUUCUAGCCUUGUAUUUUAAUUUGUAAGGUGGUGUGUAACUGUAUAUGGUCUAGAUUUGGUUUUAAAUUGUACAGACCUAGUUGAGACUCAAUAUUACAGUGCUUGCUUUGAGUUGAAGGUGAUGACUUUCAGUAAGCUCCUUGAAAUAAGAUUGGUUGUCCGUUUACACUACAUCAAGUUUAGUGUAGAUCUUUUGUAUAUAGUGAGCUAGCAUUCUGCUGAAGCUUGGGUUCAGGAAAUGUUCAAAUAGCCAUUCAUGAAAGUUCUGUACUUGAGACUUCAACUGAAUUCAUUUUGUAUGUUAGAAUGCUGAUGUUUUUGAAGUUAAUAAACAGUAUUACAUUUUUA